UCCGCCGUGCCACAGAGACGAGCCGCGGCGGCGGCAGACACAGCCCCGGAGCGGGGCCGCGGCGGGGCUGGGGGAGGAGGAUGGAGGAGGAGAUGCAGCCGGCGGAGGAGGGGCCCAGCACCCCCAAAAUCUACAAGCAGCGGGGCCCCUACAGCGUCCUGAAGACCUUCCCAGGGAAGCGGGCGGCGCUGGCCAAGCGCUACGAGAGACCCACCAUGCUGGAGGUGCCCCGCGGGCGCGGAGCGGGGCAGCCCUUCCCGCACGCCGCCGAGCCGGUGCCCUACGCGCCCCACGGCCCCUUCCCCAACGGGCCCGCCCGCCCCGCCGCCGCCCCCGGCGCUGCCCAGGGCCACCCGCGCCCGCCGCUACCACCGCCGCCGGCCCCGAGCUCCUCGGGCCGCUACGGCCCCUGCCCGGCGGCGGCUGGGGGCGGCGGUGCGGAGCUGAGCGCAGAGAGUCGAAUGAUUCUGGAUGCCUUUGCCCAACAAUGCAGCCGGGUUCUAAGUCUCUUAAAUUGUGGUGGAAAACUACUGGACAACAAUCACUCUCAGUCCAUGAUUUCUUGUAUAAAGCAGGAAAACCCAAAUUAUAGUGAAAGACAAGAGCAAUGUCAGCUUGGGAAAAUGGUUCAUAGUCAGACAUCAGACAUUUUAGACAUAGAGAUGCAGUAUAUGCAAAAGAAACAGCAAACCUCAGCCUUUCUGAGAGUUUUUACCGAUUCCCUUCAGAACUAUUUGCUUUCUGGGAGCUUCCCUUCUCAGAACACCUCAUCAGUAAAUGAUUUUAGCCAUUUGGCAGAUGUGGAUCCACUUUCAACCUCUCCAGUACACACUUUAGGUGGAUGGACAUCACCAGCAACAUCUGAAUCUCAUGGUCACCCAUCGUCUUCUACACUUCCAGAGGAGGAAGAGGAAGAAGAGGAAGAAGGUUACUGCCCUCGGUGUCAAGAGCUAGAGCAGGAGGUAAUUUCAUUGCAACAAGAAAACGAGGAACUUCGUAGGAAGUUGGAGAGCAUUCCAGUGCCCUGCCAGACUGUUUUAGAUUAUUUGAAGACUGUGCUUCAGCAUCACAACCAGCUGAUGGUACCGCAGCCAACAGACCAUCCGACUGAGGGGAGCAAGCAGUUGCUGAACAACUACCCUGUCUACAUCACUAGUAAACAGUGGGAUGAGGCUGUAAAUUCGUCCAAGAAAGACGGGCGGCGGCUCCUUCGCUAUCUCAUCAGAUUUGUUUUCACAACCGAUGAGCUUAAGUACUCAUGCGGCCUUGGAAAAAGGAAAAGGUCAGUGCAGUCAGGAGAGACAGGUCCUGAAAGACGUCCUCUGGAUCCAGUAAAAGUAACAUGUCUCAGAGAGUUCAUUAGGAUGCACUGUACCUCCAACCCAGACUGGUGGAUGCCCUCUGAAGAGCAGAUCAACAAGGUGUUCAGCGACGCGGUGGGACACGCUCGCCAGGGGCGCGCCGUGGGGACUUUCCUUCACAACGGCAACUCCUAUUACGAGGGGACUGACCACCCAGGGUCACAGGAUGAGGUCUUCAAUAGAGGUAUGCAGGAUGGAUCUGGUGAUUGAUGGCAGCGAGAAGAACCCUCAUCCAAGAGUAGCGACCACUUAAUUUAGGAGAGACUGUUUGUCAGACAUACUUUACCCUGCGGUCAUUUUAAGAGUCCAAAGCAUGUUUGAAUGCAUACUGCAGACAUUUCAGCUUCUCCAUCCCUACCUUGUCCCAGUUAACAGAAAGAAAAUCCAUUUCAAGACCUGCUGUAUGGGACUUCUCAGUGCCUAUUAUUUGCAAAUCCUUCAUAGCACCCUCAAAGGGAAAUUGCAGUUCAUUUCGUCUAGUUCUAAAGGAAAGGUCAUCAAACACAACAAAAAACCCCACAACCUAUAAAAACGUCAAAAGGAGCAGCAGCUACUCUCUCAUCUGCCUAUUGGUAACAAGCCCAGGUCUGGACUCACAACAGCUGGGUGCUCUUUGCUUUCCCUGAGUGGGAGAUGUAAGUCUGCAGGCUUAUAAUAAACAGAGAAGUGGUCUCCCACUUCCUAACAGAAAAUAACAUAAAUGCUACCUUAAAAUACUCCACAAGAUGAAAAAUUCAGGGACUUCCUUUAGCCAACUCUGCCAGGAAAUUAAGCUUCCCAGGUGUAAAACAGCAGCACUCAUCAGCAGCAGCAUCCUUCAAAGCCCCAGAACAGCAACAGGAGCUUCUAAUAGAUAAAAAUUGCUUUGUGUAUCAGGUAGACACUGUAUUUAUCUAGAUUUCUGGGGGGAUUAGAGUUGAUCAUGACAGUUUUCAUUAAAACAAGAUUGAGAAAAACAAAUUGCCAUUUCAGAAGAUAGGUUUUGCUUUGUCUGUUCCUAUUCUGCAGCCAUAUUACGUAGCUUUAGAGGCUUCAAAUUGCCUUUUCUUGCCUUUGCUUUCAUUUGUGUUUUAUAUCCAUCCCUGGAAAUAGAUGAGGCAGUGUGCUGGUCUUUUAACAGUCAGAUGCUCACUGCUGCGUUCAGGAAGGGGGGUGGGUAAGAAUAGCCUACUCAAAUCUUCUGUUGUAAGGAAGCACAGGUUCCAGGCUAAGAGCUGUAAGGAAAGAGUUGUGCUAGAGCAGAGUUGACAGUGGCACAUGACAGUGGAAGCAGAUACCUACUUUGAAAAGAAGAAAAAUCAUCAGUCCACUGAAAACCUUAAAUGUUGAAGUCUUAGAAGUCCAUUGUCCCCUCAAAUUGAUGCACUCCAGAAAUAUGCAAUGCCAAAGAAACUAUGCCCUUUCCUUCCCGUGUCAGGGUGUUUUCAGCUCCUUACCUUUGUCUGCUCGCUCAGGCUAGUUCUGGCAUCCUUCUCAGCCUGAACCAGCUCUCCUCGAGGCACCAUUUCCCCACUGACAGGUACAGGGAACUGGGUUUUGGAAAGAAAGUUCACUUUGCUUUCAGCCAUCCUUAGUGCUACCUCAUCAGCAUUGACUCUCCUGAAUGCAUAUCUCAUAUUCCCCAGCGUUCCUAACCACCUUGUGCAAGUCACAAAAGAAGCUACUAAUCACUCCUGUUAUGCUUCUCCUCUCCUCCCUGACCUGCUGCAGGAGGCACCCAGGCCCUUCCUCAAAGAUCAGGAAGAGUCCUCUGGGUUGAACACUCCUCUAGCUCUGGCCUGACCACAGCUAGAGGACCGAGGCAGUCCCUCAGAGCUCAGCUCACCCACAUAAGAAGUCUGUCUCGACCAUGUGCCUCUCUGCCUGCAGUUGUGACCAGUCUCUCACAAUCAGCUUGGGGGACAUCUCAGGACAUGACUCCACCAUGCACUGCCAUAGACAGGACCUCCCUCAGCCAGGAUAUGCUUUAGGCUCUUAAGGACCAGUUCCUCUCGAUUCAUUUUAACUUUGACAUUGUUUAAAAGGAGGACAAAAGGCACUCACUUGCCCCAGAAUAGCUCAUUUCUUUUCUAAGAGUGAGUUAAGCAGUGUAGUCACACUAGACCCCACCAGGCCAAGGGGUUUGGGACAGCAUCCCUCACACUACAGGCAGGAGGUGACCCUCUUUUCUAAGAGUGAAUUAAGCAGUGUAGUCACACUAGACCCCACCAGGCCAAGGGGUUUGGGACAGCAUCCCUCACACUACAGGCAGGAGGUGACCCUCUUUUCUAAGAGUGAAUUAAGCAGUGUAGUCACACUAGACCCCACCAGGCCAAGGGGUUUGGGACAGCAUCCCUCACACUACAGGCAGGAGGUGACCCUCUUUUCUAAGAGUGAAUUAAGCAGUGUAGUCACACUGGACCCCACCAAGCCAAGGGGUUUGGGACAGCAUCCCUCACACUACAGGCAGAAGGUGACCUUCUUUUCUAAGAGUGAAUUAAGCAGUGUAGUCACACUGGACCCCACCAAGCCAAGGGGUUUGGGACAGCAUCCCUCACACUACAGGCAGGAGGUGACCAUCUCUGAGCAGUCAGCGUCACACAGCGGCCUCUGGAGGAGAAACUUGCUGUAUAGAAACGUCACGGUGCAGAUAUCCUCUAAGUAGCUUUUCAGUGUUGGACUUCCCACUUUUUUAAGAAGAAGUGUGCUAGAAGAUGUUACAUUGCUCAGCUGGUGUCAGUCUUGCUGGUCUGUGUUUAAUGUGGUGCCACUUGCCAGAAGUCCUUGGUAGAACGUGUCAGAACGUGCGAGUCAGCGGUACCCUGUAAAUUUGUCCCCAGCAGUGUGUGUGUCACGCUGUGUUCUUGUGAGCAUUGUGAUGGUUUCCUUUCAAAUGUUUAAUCGUUAAGGGGGGGGGUUAAAAAUAGGAGCACUUUGUUUGUAGCAGUCACAGGACAGAAUCACCGGGCUGGACAGAUCUCUCUCGCUGAAGAUUUGCUGAAUUAAUUAACUGGUAAGCCUCGCUGUAGUUGUAGUGUGCUAAGUAUAGCCAGCGUCCUGGAACCACUCACAAUCCUCCCCUCUCAUAUCCCAGAUGUACAGCUUCACCCUGAAAGCCUUUGGGGCACUAGAAAUGGCUUUGCAGGUGGGCACUUUUCUUUACUAACAAACUUGUGCCCUUGGCUGCUUCUGUGCACAGGCCAGCGACACGAGUCGUAGUCACAGACAGGCCUUACCAGACCCCAGCUCAUCUCUUUUUGCUCACAUUUGGGUUUAAAGUCUUGGAUUAUAACAACUUUUCGUGGCUAUCAUUGGUUCUAAUUGUCAUCAUGGACACUUGACACUUGACUCUGCAUUACCAGAUCCCAGUUUAUGUCUUUUGGCUCACAUUUGGGUUUAAAGUCUUGGAUUACAACAACUUUUCGUGGCUAUCAUUGGUUCUAAUUGUCGUCAUGGACACUUGACACUUGACUCAGCUUUACCAGACCUCAGCUCAUCUCUUUCUGCUCACAUUUGGGUUUAAAGUCUUGGAUUACAACAACUUUUCAUGGCUAUCAUUGGUUCUAAUUGUCAUCAUGGACACUUGACACUUGACUCUGCAUUACCAGAUCCCAGUUUAUGUCUUUUGGCUCACAUUUGGGUUUAAAGUCUUGGAUUACAACAACUUUUCGUGGCUAUCAUUGGUUCUAAUUGUCGUCAUGGACACUUGACACUUGACUCAGCUUUACCAGACCUCAGCUCAUCUCUUUCUGCUCACAUUUGGGUUUAAAGUCUUGGAUUACAACAACUUUUCAUGGCUAUCAUUGGUUCUAAUUGUCAUCAUGGACACUUGACACUUGACUCUGCAUUACCAGAUCCCAGUUUAUGUCUUUUGGCUCACAUUUGGGUUUAAAGUCUUGGAUUGCAACAACUUUUCUCAGCUGUCAUCGGUUCUAAUUGUCAUCAUGGACACUUGGCACUUGACUCAGCUUUACCAGACUCCAGCUCAUCUCUUUUUGCUCACAUUUGGAUUUAAAAUAAGGAAGCACAACUUUUCUCAGCCAUCUUUGGUUCCAGUUCCCAUCACAGCUUCCUGACUCUGCAUUACCAGACCCCAGCUCAUCUCUUUCUGUUCACAUUUGGGUUUAAAAUAAUGGCUUACAAAAAGGUUUUUAACCUGUCUUUGGCUCUAAUUGCCAUCAUGGCCACUUGACUUUUGACUCUGCAUUACCAGACCUCAGCUUACCUCUUUCUGUUCACAUUUGGGUUUAAGACCAUGGAUUACAACAGCUUUUCUCAGCUGUCUUUGGUUCUAAUUCUCAUCAUGACUUCCUGACUCUGCAUUACCAGACCCCAGUUCAUCUCUUUCUGUUAACAUUUGGGUUUAAAAUAAUGGCUUACGUUGGGGUUUUUUUCACCUGUCUUUGGUUCUAAUUGCCAUCAUAGCCUCUUGACUCUGCAUUACCAGACCUCAGCUCAUCUCUUUUUGUUCACAUCUGGGUUUAAAAUAAUGGAUUAGAACAACUUUUCUUCAACCUGUCUUUGGUUGUAAUUGCCUUCAUGGCCACUUGGCUCACCCAUUCCAGCUAUAAAAAGAAUCAUAUCAUAGAAUCAGCCAGGUUGGAAGAGACCUCCAAGAUCAUCCAGGCCAACCUAGCACCCAGCCCUCUCCAGUCAUCUAGAUCAUGGCACUAAGUGCCUCAUCCAGUCCCCUCUUGAACACCUCCAGGGAUGGUGACUCCACCACCUUCCUGGGCCGCCCAUUCCAAUGCCAAUCACUCUCUCUGAGAAGAACUUCCUCCUAACAUCCAGCCUAGACCUCCCCUGGCACAUCUUGAGGCUCUGUCCUCUUGUUCUGUUGCUGGUUGCCUGGCAAAAGAGACCAACCCCCACCUGGCUACAGCCUCCCUUCAGGUAGCUGUAGACAGCAAUGAGGUCCCCCUUGAGCCUCCUCUUCUGCAGGCUGCACACCCCCAGCUCCCUCAGCCUCUCCUCAUAGGGUUUGUGUUCCAGGCCCCUCACCAGCUUUGUUGCCCUUCUCUGGACACCUUCCAGCACCUCAACAUCUCUCUUGAAUUGAGGGGCCCAGAACUGGACACAGCACUCAAGGUGUGAAUCAACCAGGUCGGAAGAGACCUCCAAGAUCAUCCCAGUCUAACCUAUCCCCCAGCCCUACCCAGUCAACUAGACCAUGGCACUAAGUGCCUCAUCCAAACCCUUCACCACAGCAUAUUCCAAUUCAUUUGUUGACGAGGCAUUAGAAACUCUUACACAUCCAAGUGUCUAAAUACCUGCAAGAUGUUAGGUAUAACUUUCUGGGACCUGCAAUAGGUAGCAGAGAAGCCCUUGCAGAACGAGAUACCCAUAUCGAAGCCGUGCAUGCUGCGUUAGUCAGCACAUCCCUUCCCAGCGCUGGAUGCAGACAGCAGGCUUGCGACAGAAGGAAGCUGCUAUCUAUCAUGUCACCCCACAAAGUCCCAGGAGGAUGGAGAUUCUUGUCUUACCCUUCCCCACUCUUUAAUCUUACUGUCAUUUAUGUAUCUGCCUUCUCUCCCAACUCGGUGUAGCAGUACCACACGCCCAUCUGUGCCAACAUGCCUUCGCUAUAUUUUCUAUGACAAAAUAUUUGUGGAGAAACUGUGAUUAAAAACAAAAACCCACACAAACAAAACACAAAACACAAAAACAAAAACACCACAAAAAGAAAGAAAGGAGGAAAAAAAAAAAACCAACCAUGAAUCCUGAUAUUUUUCUUGUUCUGGUGUAGUUAAUUCUAUGAAUACUUUCUAAUGCUGAUUGUACUGUGUAGAGUAAGUACAGGUUAGGGAUAGACCUUUACCAUAUAUUGUACAAAACCAAACCCCAACUCCCCUCAUAGUGUAAUAUAGACUAGUAAAGGUUUGGUGACUAUUUCUAUAGGAUGUGUGAGUUGUUUUCUAUGUGGCAACACACAUUUCUUUUAAAAGAAUAUAAAAAGCCCUAGAGAGUUUUCUAAGCAGUCAAUAUUUUUUAAUUAUAAGAGGCAUUUGUUACCUACAGUUUUACUAUUUCAGGUGUUACUUCUAAUUUGAAUAUUUGUUUUCUUACUGCAUACCUCCAGUUUCAUUUGUUCUGUUGCAGAAAGAUGCACAAUAAAAGUUAGUCUCUGGUUAA